CUCAACCCCAUCCGUGUGCAUGAAUGACUAUUUCGAAUGUCAUUCUUUGCUUAUCAUUCAUGCUGUCAACCUGUAUGUUUAUGAUAUUAAAUCAUAAAUAUAAUAUAUUUAGAAUAACAAGAAGGCGGCAAUAAAACCAUCGUGAUGAUCAUUACAAGCAUCAACAACAGCAACAGUGAUAGAACCGAGUCAUUCUAGCAUUACAAUGUCUUUGAUUCGAAUCCCUGACGAAGGGGGCGACACGAUGGUCGCCUUGGAUACUGGCGACAUUAUAGGACCAAUGUUUGCGAAGUCCGCAGAACAGAUGAAGGAUGUUUUUGACAACAUUCCGAACUUCUCGUGCAGGGAUGACGAUGUUAUGCUGUGCACUUUUCCCAAAACAGGCACCAAUUGGGUAUUUGAGGUAAUCAUGAUGCUGAUGCGCGGGUUAGCGGACCGUAUCGACCGUAGCAAGGUCACAACGAUGUUGGAGUUUAUGACCCAUGACGAAGUGAACUCAGUCCCGUCACCAAGGGUCAUCAACACACACUAUCAUCCGAGGUUCCUCCCAAAAGAUAUGGCCACGAAGAAAAUCAAAACCGUUCUUUGUGUGAGAAACCCCAAGGACACGGCGGUGUCCUACUACAAUCACAUGACGGGCAUCAGGUUCUAUGACUACAGCGGUAAAUGGGAGAACUGGAUCCGUCCGUUCAUACAUGGGAAAUAUGAACUCGGUACAUAUUCUGCCUACCUGAACGAGUGGCAGGAAGUGAUUGAGGCGGGUACUGGUUUUCCGCUCCAUGUCAUUUACUUCGAGGACCUAAAAAAGGAUCCGGCUUCUGAAGUGGACAAAUUGGCCAAUUUCUUGGGAAUUGACGCAUGCACAGAUUUGAAAACGCAAAUAGUCGACGUGUGUGGCUUUGAAAAAAUGGCCAAAGACAAGUUUUCGGAAGAGACAAAGAAAGCUUUUUUGAAGGGAGCGUUCACCUUUUUCCGUAAAGGUCAAGUGGGUGACUGGAAGAACUGGUUUACUGUCGCUCAGAACGAAUAUUUCGACGCAGAAUGGAAGAAACAAAUCCGAGGGGACACCAUGUUCACGUUUACAAACGAUUGAUUUCCAAGGAGUUUACAUUACCUUAUUUUAGUGUAUGUGUGAAAUGCCGAAUAAUGCAAUAUAUUACUGUAUUACAAACA